UAUUAAUAUUCGUGACAAGCUAUUAUCAAAUAAAGAAUUUAAAGUUGUAAGAGAUCUUGUUGAACUUUUAUAUCUAUUUGAUAAAGCUACAAAAAUUUUUUCUAGAUCAAAUUAUGCUACAUUAAGUAUAAUGGUUCCAACAAUUGAAGAAUUAGUUUAUUGA